AUGGCGCUCAACGCGAGAGAUCGUAGGAUUUAUCGGACCGACGACAAGGAGCACGACGGCGUCAUCAGCGAGCGGAACAGGAGAAAAAUCAUCGAGAACUACCUACCAAAGCCCGAAGAAGACACAACACAACAAUGGAGGGAAGACGACGUCCCGCCUCCAGGACGAUUCGGCCUGCGCCGCGCGCUGCGUUCGAAGCUUCACCUCUUCCUUUACACAGUCUUGCACGCCUUUUUCUCUCUGUACAUUAGGAUACGACAGGCCUGGCAUUUGGUGUGCUAUCACAUCUCCUCCGUCAUGUUCUACCACCACCGGACACCAGAGUACAUCGAGCGCGACGUCGUAGGACUGAAGAAGAAGCCCAAGCACCUCAGCGUCAUUCUGAAGAUGGAGGAGGGUGGAAGACACGGAGCCGAACUGGAACGACUGGUUGGCGAGGCGGCUGAAAUCGCCGUCUGGUGCGUUUGCGCCAGAAUUCCCGUAUUGACGGUGUAUGAACGGACAGGCCUCCUCAAGCGCUACCUGCCCCACGUCCAACAGUCCAUCAUCCAGAAGUCUAGAGCCUACUUCGGCCGACAUCAGCCAGCCCUCACCGUCGCGAUGCCCCAUGCCGACGAGAUCCUCAAGUCACCGGCACACGGCGACUUCGCCAGCAUCGACCCGCGCCACCUCAAGGUCCUCUUCAUUUCCGCCGAGGACGGCCGCGAGUCCAUGGUCGAUCUCACCCGCACCCUCGCCGAGAUGUCACAGAAGGGUAAGAUCCACCCGCGCGACAUCAGCAUCGACCUCAUCGACGCCGAACUUUCGGAGGGAAUCAUGCCCGAGCCCGAUCUGCUCAUCCACUUCGGUCCUUACGUCGACCUCGACGGCUAUCCUCCUUGGCCCGUCCGCCUGACCGAGAUCUUCUGCCUGCCGGACAACCAAGGUGUCGCAUACACGGUCUUCCUCAGGGCGCUACGCAACUUCGCCAACGCACAGUUCCGCAAGGGCAAGUAA